GUGACAUCAAUGUCACCCGCGACCAGUUGAUGAUAUCUCUUAAACUCACAUAAGGCGAAUGGAUGCCUCCAUCCAAUGCGCUCCUUCUUCAAGACAUGAAAUUUCUACGCGACCGCUUUUUCCAGAACUCUGCCUAUUUCCACAUUCAUCUCGAAAUUUUACGAUCUACCAGCAUUUCUCUAUGAGUCACUAGAAACCAGCGAUCCCUGUUUGUAUGGUUUAACACUAGACUCGACCAUCUUGGCAUUAGUAUAUAAUAUUCGCGUUUGCCUUCCAAGGUUGCCUACCUAAUCACCGGCGUUUGCAAAAGAACUAUGACUACCAAACAUCCCGCGAGGUAGAUUCUAAAUAUUUAACAUCUCGACCAUUCGGAGGAGGCUGGUUCUUGUCUCACUUUCAAGAGACAACACCACCCAGGAGCUAGGAGAAUCCGUUCUGGAUUCCCUCGAAACUGCCUAUCCCAAACAUGACACGGAAUCAGCAAUCGAACCUCUCCGUUGAGGAUUCUUGGCGCAUGGUAGAAGGAGGUGAUAACGAUAGCUUCGACACCGCCAUAAUCCAAGAUCCAUUCGAAGGCGACGCCAUCAUUUUCAGCAGCCAGUCCCAACAAACCUCCGCAUCGUCUCAGGAUCCAAGUGUAGGGUCCCAGGAAAGCAUUCGCGAUUUUGCUAACAGGGCAGACGAAGAUCAAGUUAUACUACGGGCUCCUUUUCAACCCUCGCUCCCUUCCACUAGGCACACAUCCAUACAUGACAAAGACGCAACCCCCGUUCCGGAAUUCUUUAUGCCUACAGUGGACAUUGACAGCCCGCCGCGCACUCGGCGUUCAUCCAGGGGUGCUAAACCAGUUAUGACUAGUCCGCGGGUAUUAAGGAGAAGAGGUAACCGUCAAGAAGAUAGCGUCUCAACCAUACGAAGUCCUCAGUACAGAUCGGAUGAGCCACCCCGCAGACAAUCUCUUUCGGAAAGAUUUACAUCAUCUGCCCCCGAAUUUCUAUUCGACGCUGCUGCCUGGACUUUUGAUAUCCUCCGUGUAGCCCUGCGCUACGCGAAGUGGCCUCUAGGGAUGCUACUUGCAGUUUACAUGAUCAUUGGAGCGUUGAUAGUCGCUAAGGAUAUGAUCGUCACUUCAGUGUCGGCGCCGCUAGCGCCACUUUGCUCGGUGCCUGGUGCAUCUAUGAUGAACCUACCGUUUUGUCCAGCCACGGGGUCCUCGAAAUCACAUGACGAUGCAUCUUCGGUCGAGUUUGAUGAGUUGAUGAGUGUGCAGUCUCAGUUUGAGAAGGUCCUAGAGGACUCCGCGCAAGGUGUUUCAUUACCGAUGGAAAUGAAGCGAUCAGAAACUUCCGUUCGCGACUUACGUACGAUGGUCAAAUACAGCGAGCUACCAACUCGUAACGACCUAGUGCAUGAAUUUGAUAAUUACAUCGGGUUUAUCCGCGCUAGUGCCAACGAUUUACAAAUGUUCAACACUCACGUCGGCGGCGCAGUCGACAGCGUCAUCAGCAUCAACCGAUGGACAUCACGGUUUAUCGACUCCAUUGCAUUAAACCGCGAAGCGAACAACAACAUGGUGUCCCGCUUCUCUAAUUGGCUCUUCGCUCCUUUUCAAGUAGCAGUCUUCGACGAGCGCGCACUUCUUGAUAAGUACAUCGAACACACGGCGCUAGUGUCAGAAAAGAUCGCAAACCUCAUCCUUGAAGCUCAAGCUGUGCUACGUCUGUUUAAUCAAGCAGAGAACAGUCUUGGGCUUAUCAAUGAACACGUCGUCCAUACGGGCAAUGUGGUCAAGGAGAAACAUAGCGAGGUAUUAUGGAACGUCUGGACGCUUGUUGGCGCGAAUAACCGUCGUCUACAUAACCUGAAGUCGCAACUGAAUCUUCUGGAACAAGUCGAAACUCAGCGACACACGGCUGUCGAAAGUCUUGGUUCUUUGAUCAACGACUUGACCGAUAUUCAGACAAAGCUGAGCGAUUUAAGGGAUCGGGUUGCGGCUCCCGGGGUAGUGGCAGGCACAGCGGAGAUUCCGUUAAGUGUGCAUAUCGAGACCAUUAAUGCUGGUGUCGAGAGGUUGGAGAGUGCACGGAGUCGGAUUCGAGUGGAGGAGAAUGAGAGGCUGCAGCAGGCAUUGCAGAAGUCGCGGGAGAAUGAUCGGUUGAUUGAUGGGUGAUUGGGAUGGAGGCUACGAAUAUUAUGCGCAUUAUGGAUACUUUACGACUCUGAAUACAAAGAUUAGGUUAAUUCUGGUAAUGGGAGUUGGGGAGUUGCGGGUGGAUUUGUACUCAGUGUAGGAUAGGCGCGAAGGCUUGGUCGCGAUUGAGAACAGUGCCAGAAUGAUAAUGCUCGGAUACGGGAUGCAGUAUUUUAAUAGCGCAUAUCAAAUAGCGCUGAGGCGUGAUAGAGGCGUUCCUGGCACGGUCUCUGAAGUCCGUUAAGCUACCCGUCGCAAAGAAUAUUACCCGAGAAGCCAUCUACCUCCAAAGUGAGUAUAUGAUACUCCCCGUGCUAUUGAUUGACUAAAUACGGGUGGGAAACCCUUGAGAACCCAUCCCAUUGAUAACC